AUGGCCACGCAGGUUAGCUUUACUUAUUACGCUAGUUUUCCUCUUUGCCGAAUCCCCCUUUCAUUAUCAAGUCUCUCCAAUUAUUUCUAUCUUGGAAGCUGAUUGACUAACCAAACCAAGGAAGUUCUCGAAUUCUUCAGCUGCAAUGAAUCUACGGGAGAGGACAAGGCUGUGUUUGACCCCGUUGAUGGGGAACUGACUGGGGUAACUGGUAAUCUUGUCCAGGUAUUCAGGUGCAUAUGCUAAUAUAACCGCCGUAGUCUGAGUCAGAAGCAGAAGAGAUUGUCCAGGUAACCACAGGGUUCCGCCCUUCUGCAAUUCGUGAGAAAGAUGACUCAAAUAUCCGUCAAGCAGAGGAUUUCGGCUUCUGCAGAGGAAAAUGGCAAAGCAACUCAGGGUACGAAGAAGCGCCAAGUCCGAGUUCCGGUCUCAAUGAGAGAAACAAAAAGCCUCAAGGGGCGACAUUGAGUCAAGGGAGAGAGCUGACAUCACAAUAGAUGAGGUAGAGUCCCAGGAUGAAUGUUCAUCAUCCUCGGACGGCGAAGGGGACGAAGAGCAGGUGGGCUCCUCUUGGGGGCUGUCUAGUGGGUUUGAUAGUGCCCAAGCGGUUGAAACUACUGGAGCUGAGAACUCCAAACGGAAGAGAGGAGAGGAGGAUGAAGAUAAUAGCGGAUCCACGGAUGAUGAAUCUGGUGAGAACGAUGAUCAGGCAGCAUUGCUGGAUGAGGCGGUACGUCCGGAUUUCUAUAUCUCUUGGCCACAGCCCCACUUAAUUGUUUGGCUGACUUUUUCAUCCUUUAUAGGAGUCGCCUCUAGGAGCUCGCCCUUCUUUAAAGAAAAAGAGAAAGUCAACAGCCGAGGAGAAAUCUGUUUCGACACUAACUCCACCGCCAACCCCGAAGGAACCCAAGGCAGAAAAAACUGUUAAGGGGUCUGAAAGAGGAGAUGAAGUAGCCAAUGUCAAAGAUACUGGCACGAAUGUCGGGGGACCUUCCGUGGGGGGUCCUCAACCAAAGCCAAAACGUGGAAGGAAGAAAAAGCAAGCCGGCGCGAUGGUUGUGAAGGUAUUUGCUAUACAAUAUUUUCAUUUUUCUCCUCAUCGAGGGAGAAUAUGGGUUCUGGUCAACUUCUAACCUUAUCUGUAGCAGGGGGUAUCGUCAUCCCCCGCGAAGCCCAGAGGUCGCCCUAGAAAGAUAGUUAGUAAGGACCCUAAGACUCCGAACAACGGAGAUGUGCCCCCCCGAGGACAGAGUAAAUCAGCAGAAGGAGGGGGUAUAACUGCGGGUGAGAUUGGGAUAAUAUUCGAUACGUUGACGGCUGAGGCAGAUUGGCCUGCCAUUGUAGCCAAGACGAACGCUCUAGUAGGGCUCAAGCGACUUGGGCAAAAUGUUUCAAAGCAUUGGAAAACCAUUGCUAAAAAGAGGCUGCUGGAUACAUACGGUGCUUGA